GAGCUCUUUGCAACGAGGCACCUAGCUAGCACACUUGUCUUUUGCUCCUGAAACAACAGUGACACACACGCACUCACUCAACAUGGAGCUUCCACUGCAUCAUGCCAUCUUUGCAAUGAGCUUUUGCUUCUCAAUUAUCAUCGGGUCGUGUGAUAUUGUAUCUGUGAAAGAGAAUUCAAUUUCAUCUCCAUUUUCAGAUAACUUCCUUUUUGGAACUGCAUCUUCUUCAUAUCAGUUUGAAGGAGCUUACUUGACUGAUGGCAAGGGACUAAAUAACUGGGAUGUGUUCACUCACAAGCCAGGCACUACAAUGGAUGGAACUAAUGGGGAUAUUGCUGUUGAUCAUUACCAUCGUUAUGAGGAAGAUGUGGACCUAAUGGAAUUCAUUGGAGUCAACAGCUACCGUUUUUCAUUAUCAUGGGCCAGAAUUCUACCAAAAGGUAGAUAUGGCAAGGUGAACAAGGCAGGCAUCGAUUACUAUAACCUGUUAAUUGAUGCACUUGUGAAUAGAGGAAUAGAACCCUUUGUCACUUUAACACACUAUGACAUUCCUCAGGAACUUGAGGACAGAUAUGAAAGUUGGCUAAGUCCUGAAAUUCAGGAGGAUUUCAGGUAUUAUGCAGAUGUAUGCUUCAAGUACUUUGGAGACAGAGUCAAAUACUGGGUCACCUUUAAUGAGCCCAAUGUUGCCAUCAUUCGAGGUUAUAGAACUGGGCUGCAUCCACCGGCUCGUUGCUCUGGAUUAUUUGGCAACUGCAGCAAAGGGGACUCAGAGAGGGAGCCUUUCAUUGCAGCUGCUAAUCUUAUUUCAUCUCAUGCAGCUGCUGUUGAUGUGUACAGAACCAAAUAUCAGAAAAAUCAGGGAGGAAAAAUUGGAAUUGUUCUGAAUGCUAUAUGGUUUGAACCCUUCAGUAACUCCUCAGAAGACAAGUUAGCUGCUGAGAGAGCUCAAUCAUUUUACAUGAAUUGGUUUUUGGACCCAAUUAUACUAGGGAGGUAUCCAGCUGAAAUGGAAGAAAUAUUAGGACCUGAUCUCCCACCAUUUUCAAGAUAUGAUGUGGAAAAUAAACUCAAGAGGGGGUUAGAUUUCAUUGGAGUAAAUCACUAUACCAGCAUGUUUGUAAAAGACUGCAUCUUCUCAGCUUGUGAAGCAGGACUAGGGUCUUCAAGGACAGAAGGUUUUGCUUUCAUAUCAGGACAAAUGGAUGGCGUCAGCAUCGGAGAACCGACUGUACUUGACUGGUUGCAUGUUCACCCACAAGGAAUGGAGAAGAUAGUGACUUACAUAAAGGAUAGGUACAACAACAUACCAAUGUUCAUUACAGAAAAUGGACUUGGAACAAAUGAGAAUUCCUUCCCCACCACUGAAGAUAUAUUCAAUGAUGCCGAUAGAGUGGAAUACUUGAGUGGUUACUUGGAUUCUCUGGCAAGUGCAAUAAGAAAAGGAGCAGAUGUUAGAGGGUACUUUGUGUGGUCUCUGCUUGAUAACUUUGAGUGGAUUCAGGGAUACACUAUAAGGUUUGGACUUCAUCAUGUGGACUAUACUACUCUUAGUAGAACCCGAAGACUCUCAGCAUUUUGGUAUAAAAACUUCAUUGCUCAACAUAAGGCUAGUGCGGGCAUAAGGCCUGGGCCUGGGUAUACUCAAGAGAGAUGAACAAUGUUGGAAAAAAUAGUUUUAAUUUCCCUGAAUAAAAUAGUAAUGUAAUGUAAUAAAAUAAAAUAAGCAGGUUUUUUAGGGGUUGUUGUGAGUGGGUUUUUGAAGGGAAUGGGAGGACUUGAUUUUUAUUUUUAAAUAAAUAGUAUUUAAUUUGAUAUUUGUAAAAAAAACCUAAUAUAACGAUAAAUUAGCAUAAAUAAUUAUUUAUCUACUAUCAUAAAUAUUA